AUCUUGAAAGAAAAGAAAACAUUGCAGCACCGACAGCACGUAGACAUUACAUGAGAGGGAUUUCAGAUUAAAUUUUAGUUGAUUUUAAUUGCAAAAUGUGGAAGAUUUUUGCAAAUGCGACGAGGGUUGCUCCUCGCAGCUUCUGGCCGAACGAAUCAACCAUUAGAUCUCAUUCAACAUUUAUCAAGAACUGCCAGCUGAUGAACCCCAAAUUCAAGAGCAGGUCAAUCUUACAAAAUUUAUUGUUAAAACGAGGGACGACCGUAGCAGUCGAAGCACAAUCAGCACCCCUUCGAAGCCAAAAGGUGAUUGGCUACUGGCUGCUCGGAUGUGGAGGGAUGGUCUUCGGUGCCGUGGUUUUGGGUGGAGUGACCCGAUUGACCGAGUCUGGCCUCUCCAUGGUCACGUGGAAGCUUCUUGGAGAACACAGACCGAGAAACCAAUCCGAGUGGGAAGAGGAAUUCAAAAAAUACCAACAGUUUCCUGAAUUCCAACUGAAAAACAAAAAUAUGAAGCUGGAGGAGUUCAAGUGGAUUUGGUGGAUGGAGUAUUUGCACCGCCAGUGGGGAAGGACGAUAGGCGCCGCUUUUUUCCUCCCAGCGAUAUUUUUCUGGACGAGGGGAUAUUUUGCCAAAGCCAUGAAGUUCCGUGUGGCUGUCUUCGGCACUCUUCUCGGAGGACAGGGUCUGAUGGGCUGGUACAUGGUGAGGUCGGGACUGGAGGCCGAGAGAUUCCAAGGACCCGAAAGCUCCGAGCCUCGAGUUUCUCAGUACAGACUGGCAGCCCAUCUCAGCUUGGCCUUGAUCCUUUACACCCUCUUCAUCUGGAAUGGACUCGACAAAAUUAUGCCUGCUCAGAAUAUGCCACAGGGAGCGUCGGUGGCUGUGAUUAAGCAGGCGAGGAAAUUCCGAAUGUUGGCGCAUUCGUGCAAGGGCCUCGUUUUCCUGACCGCCCUGUCAGGUGCUUUUGUGGCAGGUCUUGACGCUGGCCUUGUCUACAACUCAUUCCCAAAAAUGGCCGACAAAUGGAUUCCUGAUGACAUUUUGGCCUUUUCGCCAGCACUCAGAAAUUUCACCGAAAAUCCGACGACAGUUCAAUUUGACCACAGAGUUUUGGGUACCAGCACACUAGUGGCCAUCACAGGAAUGUGGUUAUUGGCACAUCGAAGGACUCUGCCUCCGAGAGCGUACAGAGCCACAACUGCUGUUGCCGCCAUGGCCUGGUUCCAGGUGAUACUCGGAAUCACAACCCUAUUGACUUAUGUACCAGUGCCAAUUGCUGCUUCCCAUCAGUCGGGGUCUUUGGUGCUUUUGUCCUUGGCUGUGUGGCUCACCCACGAAUUGAAACUUAUCCCAAAAAUACCAAAAUGAAACUUUUUAUUAUUUAAUGUAUAAAUGACUGAACAGAUAGAUGCUUCAAUGGGUGUAUAAUAUGUAAAAUAAAA